ACCACUACCAGCGCCUACUACAGCACUAGAGCCUUCCUUGGGACCCGACCUUGCGAACGAGACGAAAGUGGAUCUCUUUUCUGCGGCUGGGCUCCAAUUCUUUCCUCUACCUUACUUACUACGGCUACCUGGCGUUCUGCAACCAAACUACACGUACCAUACCUCACAGCAAACCACACAAACCCCGAGUCAUCCAACGACACAGCAACUGCAACACAACCCUCAACAACUCAAGUAAACAAAUCUGUCCCUCGACUCAAGCCCCGAAGCCCCCCCGACGCACGUCCGUUAGCCUGCUCCCGACUCACGGCUCUCCCGACGACCUUGCAUCGCCAAUUGGCCCGAUAUACCACCUUCUUUCUGCCCUCUCUUCCCACACCAUCUCCCUCCCUCGAACCGCAAUCGCCUUGUCCCAAAGACCGACCCCCCGGGCAAUCAUCCACAUCCUCGCGAGAGGGGGGCAAUGACCAUUCCCCCGCCGAACCAUGGCUGAUUCGGCCAGGUCCUCGGACAAGAACCCCCGGUCCCCCCUCAAGUCCAAGGUUGUACGCUCUCAGAAGAUCUCUCCGCCCAACGAUUCCCGGCCCCCACCACCGGGCGUGCCCGACGAUCUCGAGGACUUCAGCGACCGCGACAUCGAGCAGCACCGCCGUGUCCCCUCCGCUCCGGGAGGACCCAUAAUCCCGCGUUCCCAUACGCCCGGUCACCUUGCCUCAAAGAGUCAAGACCGUCGCCGCAAACCUUCCGAACUCUCCAUUCGCCAGCGCUCCCAGUCGGCGUCCCAGGCCCAGGCCUCACAACAGUCUCGUACGACACCCACGAGCGCGAAUACCCCUAGGCCUCCGCCGCCGUCCUUCCGGCCGAGCAAUACUGCAAGCGAUGCCACGACGCUGAACAGCAACGAUGGCUCCGAGUCUACCGGUGGCCACGGCUCUGACCGUGACGGCCGCCGCCCUAUCGCCAUGCGCUCCACAUCUGCCAUAGCCGCAAAGCCUUCUUCGCUCCCUCUCUCGUCAUCCUCAACACGCCAGCUCUCGACGACAGUCUCCUCAAGAUCCGCUCCUAAAGGCCAACAUAUCCCCUUUCCGCCCCUCCAGGACCCAAAGACUGCGCCAGACGUACCUCCAGCCCCAUCAUCAGGCAUGUACUGGUCGCGAGCGCCUGUCUCAGGGGCUCCCCAUACGUCACUUCGCGCUCACACAACCACGCUUGUCGGAUCCAACAUAUUUGUGUUUGGAGGCUGCGACUCCCGCGCCUGUUUCAACGAGCUCUACGUCUUUGAUGCAGAUGCCUUCUACUGGUCCGUACCGCACGUUACCGGCGAGAUCCCUGUGCCACUGCGCGCAAUGACCUGCACAGCUGUCGGCAAAAAGCUGGUGAUUUUUGGCGGCGGCGAUGGGCCCGCCUAUUACAAUGAUAUAUACGUUCUAGACACGACCAAUUUCAGGUGGCACCGGCCAAAGAUUAUAGGCGACCGUGUCCCUUCCAAGCGUCGCGCGCACACAGCUUGCCUCUACAAGAACGGCAUUUACAUCUUUGGAGGCGGUGAUGGGGUUCGCGCUCUCAACGAUGUCUGGCGCCUCGACGUUAGCGAUAUGAACAAGAUGUCAUGGAAGCUUGUCUCCGGGCCCGAGCGGGCCCCGCCCCCGGGCGUCCGGGAGACUCGCCCGAAGCCCCGCGGCUACCACACCGCCAACAUGGUGGGAAGCAAGCUGAUCAUCUUUGGCGGCUCCGAUGGCGGCGAGUGCUUCAACGACGUGUGGGUCUACGACGUCGACGCCCAUAUCUGGAAAGCCGUGUCCAUCCCGCAGACCUACCGCCGCCUAUCACAUACGGCCACCCUCGUGGGCUCCUAUCUAUUCAUUGUUGGUGGACACGAUGGCAACGAGUACUCCAACGAUGUCCUACUACUUAACCUCGUUACCAUGACGUGGGAUCGUCGGCGCGUCUACGGAUUGCCGCCUAGCGGCCGUGGAUACCACGGCACUGUGCUGUACGACAGCCGUCUGUUCAUCAUUGGUGGAUUUGACGGCAGCGAAGUGUUUAGCGAUGUCUGGAUGUUGGAACUGGCUGUGCACGCGUAUUAUUCCCAGAUUAGCCACUUCACUAUUGAGGUCUAGGAUUCAAGGAAGAGCCUGGGAGUCUGCCGUUGUUCUUGCUUUUUCAACAGCAUCUUUGUCAUAUACCGUAAUCUGGUUUAAUCUGGUUCUCCUCACCCCAAAUUUCGUGCGUCGUUUUCCAAAGCAGCAAUGCUUCUUAUCUACAGUUAUCUACCUAUGCUUGAUGACGGAACGGCUUUAUUAAAAUCCCAGGUGGGCGAUGGAUAGGCGGGCGGGCAGGCAGGCAUGCGUUAUCCUUUGUUUUUACUUACUUAUCUUAUAUACCUGUUGAACAUAUUUGACCCCUUUCACAUCAGAGGGAUAGAGGUGCAUAGUGUUGGGAUCUGCUCUUUUGUCCUCUUCGCUUAUCUAUCAUUGUGUGACGUGACGUGACGAAUCCGUAAUUGUGAGAUCUCUCUCUCAACUACGGAUACACUUAGUAUGUAACAUCGGGUGGUGGUUGCCCUUGUCUGUAUCCGUACAUCACCCAAUCGUGGGAUGCCGGAUCGACAAACGCAACUCGUACUUUUUUUGUUUUUUUGACUGACUCGCGAAUCUUUCGGUGUCUGGCCUGGCCCGUACCGCUUGCUGCGCGAGUAGGGGGCGGAUGGAUGGAUGGAUGGAUGGAUGGGGUUUUUGAUGCGGGGAGGUACGUCAUUCCAGCAAGGGAGUUAUUCUCGAUGAUCAUUUGGAGUCGUUUCAUUUUUUGAGUGAGUCGAGGCAAGUACAUACGUAGAGGGAGUUGGAGUAGGUAUUCCCAGACUUGGAGUAGCAAAGAAAAAAAGUUACCGUCGGAGGUCCCAGGACGGAGGAGACGGAUGGGCAAAGGAGGAGGAGGAGGAGGAGGAGGAGGGAAAGGAGGGGUGGGUUGCGCUCCGCCAAGGAUCACGGGAGCUUGGCUCCCCCCUCCCUCUCGUGUUGAUGUUCCGCUGUACCGAUACCGUAGCCUAGCGUGUCCUGGUUGGCUAGUGUUUCCGUUCCCCUGCGAUUUUCUCUUGGUAGAUGGCAACGAAACC